AGAACAGGAAGCCAAACACGAAAGAUGGCUGGACAGCCGAAGGUGACUAAACCAAGCCGGAGUGACGAGGUCUUAGAUGCAGACCAACAGCUCAGAAUCUCCUAUCAGAUCAGGGCUCAGUUUGAUUCCUCUGCCCCGAAACGACCCACAAAGCCCAACAGAAGUGAACCCGAUUUAACGACAACGGACAACCCUUCUACACCUGUGUCCACUACUCACCAGAACAUCCCAGAGUUUGACAAGCUUCGAUCUCUUCAGUCUCAAUCUUAUUACAGGGAGCAAAUAUGGUGCCAGAUGAAUUUGUGGAGACACACUACUACAGAGAGUUGUUUUCUAUUGACAAGCAGCACCACACGGUACGGUUUUUCACGCUAUAACUGGACUUUUCUGGUGAGAUUUUUGAGUGACAUGUAUGUUUGUGAUUGAACAGACGGGGAGUGGAUUCAUAAGAGUGAUGAAGGAAGGAGGUGAAGAAAAUGGAUUUAACCUUGAAUUAAGAAAUGGACCGUCACAUGGAAAUGGAGAUAGAGCUGCAUUCAAGAGCAAUCCUGCA